GUGCUGGUAUAUUUGUGCGGCGACUUGCUACUACGAUCCUUGGGGUCGCCACUAUACUGUUAUAAUUUUUGUACGUGAGGAUGGAGCCCAACGACUUGUUACAGGAACUUCUAAAUGUAGAGGUUGAGAUUCAAGAUGUUGAAGAUCAAAUAAGGGCAUUGAUUGAAAGACAAGAGCAGUUGCAUGAGAGAAAAUCGGAGCUCAAGGCUAUACUGGAAGCAUGUGAGGAAUCUGGGAACCAGGUCAGUGACGGUGCUCCAAGUGCCGCCGUGGAAAAUUGGUCUGGGCCAUUUGAAUGGGAUUCUGAAGCAGAUGAUGUCAGGCUGAAUAUUUUUGGCAUUUCUACAUAUCGUGCAAAUCAAAGAGAGAUAAUUAAUGCCAUCAUGAGUGGAAGGGAUGUUCUGGUGAUUAUGGCUGCAGGUGGUGGCAAGAGUCUCUGCUACCAGCUUCCCGCUGUUCUCCGUGAUGGAAUUGCUCUUGUUGUCAGUCCUUUGCUUUCUUUAAUUCAGGAUCAGGUUAUGGGUUUGACUGCUCUAGGGAUCCCAGCAUACAUGUUGACCUCAACAACAAGUAAGGAAGAUGAGAAGUUCAUAUACAAGGCUCUGGAUAAGGGUGAGGGAGAUCUUAAAGUAUUGUACGUCACACCAGAAAAGAUAUCAAAGAGCAAGAGAUUUAUGUCGAAACUAGAAAAGUGUCAUCACAUGGGUCGUCUCUCUCUAAUUUCAGUAGAUGAGGCACAUUGCUGUAGCCAAUGGGGUCAUGACUUUAGACCUGACUACAAGAACCUUGGUAUUCUCAAGACUCAAUUUCCUAAUGUUCCAUUAGUUGCUUUGACUGCAACUGCUACUCAUAGAGUCCAAAAUGAUCUGAUGGAAAUGUUGCACAUUCCAAGAUGUGUCAAAUUCGUCAGCACAGUCAACAGACCAAACCUGUUUUAUAUGGUAAAGGAAAAGUCAUCUGUUGGUAAGGCGGUUAUUGAUGAAAUUGCUGGAUUCAUUCAAGAAUCUUAUCCAAAUGAGGAAUCUGGGAUAGUUUAUUGUUUCUCCAGGAAAGAAUGUGAACAGGUUGCAACGGAAUUAAGGGAGAGGGGAAUUUCAGCAGACUAUUACCAUGCAGAUAUGGAUGUACAUGCUCGGGAAAAAGUACAUAUGCGGUGGAGCAAUGGCAAGUUGCAGGUCAUUGUUGGUACGGUGGCAUUUGGCAUGGGAAUCAACAAACCAGAUGUCAGAUUCGUCAUCCAUCACAGCUUGAGCAAAUCAAUGGAAACAUACUACCAGGAAAGUGGUCGAGCUGGCAGAGAUGGACUCCCAUCUGAAUGUGUUCUCUACUUUAGACCUGGUGAUGUGCCCCGACAGAGUUCAAUGGUUUUCUACGAAAACACAGGACUGCAGAAUUUGUAUGACAUAGUACGAUAUUGUCAGUCCAAAAGAAAAUGUCGCCGCGGUGCCAUUUUCCGGCACUUUGCUGAGCCACUGCAAGACUGCAAUGGGAUGUGUGACAAUUGCGCAUUCCCAAGUGAGGUGAAAGAAGUGGACGUCUCCAGCCAUGCAAAGCUGAUGGUUUCUUUGUUGCAAGAUAUGCAAGAAAAUGAUCAGCGAUUAACAAUGUUACAGUUGGUUGACAAAAUGAAAAUUAAGCAGAAGGAACUAGAUUUUGAGUUGAAGAAAGAGGAAAUGGAGCAGAUCAUCUUGCAGCUUUUGCUAGAGCGGGUUUUGAAAGAAGAAUUUCAGCAUACGGCAUAUUCAACAAAUGCUUAUGUUGCUGUGGGACCAUUGGCCAAGCAAAUAUUGCUAGGAAAGAAGACAGUCAAGAUUGAAAUUCCUAAUGAUCAGAGAACUAAGGCUGGUGUCAGAUCAGUUAAACGUAGCCCUGGUUCCUCUGGUCUGGAGGUAAAGCUUGAUGAGUUGAGGAAAGAAUUGUCUUCCAUUCAUGGAGGAAUACUCCCACACUCUGUUUUAUCCACUCAACAAAUUAGCCUCAUCAGUUCUCAAAGACCAAACUCACUAGAACAGUUAGAGAAGAUAAUUGGAAAACUGAAGACAGAAAAGUAUGGAGAUAGAAUCCUUGCUCAAAUUGAAAUGUAUUCUGAUUUUAAGCCUCCUGAUGAGAAAAAUGAACAAGGCUCCGAAUUUAGAGCUGCAAAGAGGUCCAAGACCAAGAAACCUAUUGUGCUUGUCGAGAGUAGUGAAGAAGAUGAAGCAUGAUAUCAUAAGAUGGAUGGUCUUCUGUGUGUUUUCUACGAGGUUAAUAGGGAAAGGAAGCUGAAUGACCAAACAUUGUGGGAAGCUUAGAUUUCAGAAGAUUUACGGAUAAAGUGGGGUAAAAAUAUCGUAGUCCAUGAAAUUCAACUUUUGUUGGGGACAAAUUAUUAAUUGUUUACAUGCUAUUUAUUAAAUUAAAAGGAGAUUUAAUACCAUAUUAAGAUUUUUUGAAAA